GACCUUGUUAAGGGAGGGCCUACGUGAAGAACGAAGCGUUCCACCAUUGUUUAUUGCCCUAUCAUGAAUAUGCAAUGAUAUCCGUGACUUUGAACAGCAUUACGAAAUUAGAAAUCUAGGGCUGGACAUAGAAUACCUCGGGAAACUACCAAAAUGGGGAUGGCCAGCCAGAUACCCAACAGACUGCGAAACAUCGGAUUCGGCUUUCGAGCCUUGAAAAAGAACUAUGCUUUAGUCCCUCUUGUGACCAUAAUAAGUUUCGCCUGCCUUAUGGGAACAUCCAUGAUCGUCUACUCACUAGCAACAAAGCCCGACGUAAGAUUCGACAGGAAAAGAAAACACAUCCCUUAUAACCAGGAAAUCCAGGUCGAAGAAAGUAGAAAGUUGAGAGAAGUAAAUCCUGAGAAGUACACGUACGACCCAGAGAUCGUAAAACUACGUGAAGAACUCGGAAAAUAUCAAGCAAAUGUCCACACUAACGAAUUAUAAGUAAUUUUCAAAACAAUAUUUUUGUAAAUACUUCAACGGACAACUUACGAUGUUAUUGCAAUCAAAAUUGGAUGAAGAAAAUAGAAAAAGAAAUGAUUUGAAAUUAGUGGGAUAAUAUUGCUUAGAAAGAUGGAUCGAGUGAACUCUUGGAUCUUUCUAUGCAUAACUGUUCACGAUCAUUGUAAAAACGUGUAUGUUAUUAAAAGUGUGAGAGGACAAAACACAUUUUCGUUUUUGUAAAUACAGUAACUGCAUGUACAUUUUUAAAUGCAAGCAAUAUGCAGUAUACAUAAUGUACAACAAUCCCAUGCUGCCGCUCCAUUGACCUCUAUCCCUGUUGCCGCCAACCACUCAAGGAAUGUAGUCGUGAUGUAAUCUUUGGAAUUAAAGCAUAUCGGCAAUAAAGAACAACAUAUUUGGAGAACAAAUCGAAAGAAAACACUGCAUACUAUGCAAUAUGUAUCAUAUGUGUAUGGUUGUCAAAUGAUGUUUUGAAGUAAUGUGAGUAAAUAAAGUCUUCUAAAAGUCAAAAUAUCAAAUAUUUUCAUUAUGAUAGGAAUCGGUUGACAUUGCAAUGGAGCUGUCUCACUUAAAUACUUU